AUGCAUGGAUCAGGUACUAACUUGAAUGGCAUUAGGUAUGAAGUUCAGGAUCCCGAGCCCGACGAUGAUGGAAAUGCAGGACAAGUUUAUAAAACUUCGGCAAAAAAUCUUAUUUAUAUUCCACCGAAAACAAUUUCCUUGCCAUCUCUUGGUCCAGGGACAACCGUGUUGGCACGCUAUCCAGAAACAACCACAUUUUAUAAGGCAGAGGUAAUACGAACCUUACCGAGUGGAGUUUGCAAGCUUCGGUUUGAAGGAGAGGAAGAAGCCGGUAAAGAAACCUCCGUGGAACGGCAUCUCGUAUUGGACUACAAUGGAUAA